CCAGACCCAGAGAACCAACGUCUGCGAAAAGCCGGCAAGUGGCAAGUGGCAAGCGGCAAGCGGCAAAGUGACGCGAAUCCAAUUUUUGUGCUCGUCCGAACUGAAUCCCGGCUAAUGUGAUAAUCGAAAGGAAACCAACCAACAAAGAUUCGCCGAAAAAGGAGUCCCGCUUCUGGGAGGCAGCGCUGGCUCAUCGAAAGAUUGUCAAACGGGCAUUCGGGGCAGGAAGAAGCCACAGAGAGGAAGAAGCUUUGUUGCGGUGGCAGCAUAAGAGGCAUAUGAAGCAAUUAGGGGCAACACUAAAAAUGACUAUAAAUGUCGAGUGACAAACAUUUUCGCGGAACAGACAAGGCACGGGCACUGGGCCCAAGUGUCAGACACUUUCCAGGCAACAUGUUGCUGAGCGUCAAUUGACAACAGCAACAUUUGCAGCAACAACAACUCUUCGUGUCGCAGGGCAAACUUCGUGCGGCAUUCGACUCUGGCGGUUGUGUGACGCGUUCGCUGUGCAGCAAAAGACAGAGAAAGAGAAAAAGAAUGACGUGAGAGCCGGGAGAAAGAAGUUUCGGUGUUUCGAGUGUUCGAGUGUGGAAAACAAAUGGGGAAAAUACGUAAACAGCAAAUCAAAUGAGCAAAACAAAAUCAAAAGAAAUACGUAGCCAAGUGCGUGUAAAAUAAAUACAAAUUAAAUCCUAGAAUAAUUGCAGAGAGUCAAGAAUCAAAACCGAAACGAAGCGAAACAAAGCAAAAAUAUUUCACACUUAAUUAAUGUCUAAUUUGAGGAGCAGUCGGCUGGCGGCAACAACAACAAACAGAGCUCACAAAGUGGCCAGAACAACGUUGACAAUGUGGCAGACACUAUCAACUGCAACCACAUCACUCACGGCGGCUGUGCUUGGGCCGGGACGACCCCAGUCCGGGUGCAGAUGCAGGUGCGGGCAGCGCCUGAAGGGAAAACAGCGAUCCAAAUCCAGCACUUACCACGCGGAAAUGAAGAGUCACAGAGUUAGAGCCGGAGCGAGCAACAUGUUGCCAUCAACAGACACCGCGACAGCAGCGUCCUCGCGUAGGUGUCGUUGUGGCAGCCACAUCACAAUCACCAUCAACAGCAACAACAAAAACAGCAACACUACAAAAAGGACCAGCAGCAACAUUAGCGGUGGCAGCCUCCGCCUCCUACACUGGCUGCUGCUGCUCUGCGUCUUCUGUGAUGUUGGGCAGGCCACGCUGCGCGAUGUCAAUCUGCUGGUGCAACCGCCUGCGGUGCGGCGCGGCCAGUCGGUGGCACUGCGGUGCGACUACCAGCUGGAUGGAGCGCCGCUCUACUCCAUCAAGUUUUACCGCGGCCAAAUGGAGUUCUACCGCUACACGCCCGGGGAGUAUCCGCACACGAAGGUCUUUCAGUAUCCCGGCAUCAGAGUGGACGAGGGCAGCUCGAACGCCACCCUGGUGCUCAUACGCAACGUCAGCUUCGGCUUGUCCGGUCAAUUCAGCUGCGAGGUGACUGCCGAUGCGCCGCUCUACUCCACGGCCACGGCCUAUGCCCAGAUGCAAGUUGUGGAGUUCCCGGAGAAGCGGCCGCAGCUGUUCACGGAGCACACCCGCUACGAGCCCGGCGAUGUGCUGCGCGCCAAUUGCAGUACGCCACCAUCGCGGCCGCGGUCCGAGCUCCGAUUCACCAUCAACAACGUGCCGAUAACCACGGAAGAAACGCAGUACAUACGAACGAUUGACAACCUAAUAGCAUCCCGGCUUAGUCUGAAGCUGCAGCUGCAGGCGGUGCACUUUGUGGCCGGUAUUAAUGGCCAUGGAAAUGGCCACGGCAAUGGCAACGGGAAUGGCAAUGGCAAUGGCAUAGCGAACGCACUGGUCACCGGCAGCGGGAGUGGCUCUGGCGGAGGCCUUGUAUUGCGUUGCACGGCGCAAAUUGGCGAUCUCUAUCAGGAGUACAAGGAAAUCGAGUUGGGCACACCACAAAAGGAUCCGGUGCCGGCAAGAGUGACGCUGUCGUCGGGCACGGGACUGCGCAGCUUCUUGGAGGCCUACUUCACAACCUCCAGGGCGGCGCUCACCUGGCAAGGGGCCAUUGGCGGCAUCACUAUCUGGCUCUCCUCAAUGCUGGCACUAAUGAUUAACUGCAGCCGUAGCAGGUAAAUGCAGGUGGCCCCAGAGCCAGGUUGAACAUUCGAUUUGGUUAAGGAUAUGGGAAUGUGCAUGGCCUCGAUGGAUAGAUGGAUGGAUGGAUGGCGAUAAGAUUAGAGCUCUCGGCCGUGAACCUCAUUAAUUAUCUCUCGUGAAAGCCAUUUGAUUUAAACACACGCACACACACACACACACACACACACACACAUACAGACACGCGAUUCCUGUUGAGUACACACGAGCAUUAAACAAUAAAACUGUAAAUAUUUGCUUUAAUGAUGUAAACGGAUAGACGUAAAUGAACUCACAACACACACAUAGAAACACACAGAUACACACACACACACACACACACACGGCCAGACACGUACGACUAAUUGUUAAUUAAUGGAUUAUUUAAUGACGCAUAAAAUAUUGGAUAAAGUAUUAAUGUUUCAUUUGCAUUUAGCUUCCACACAAGCAAAUAUCAACUUAAAGUUUAAGCCAUGAAAAUCGUUGAAACGAUUG